AUGUCGGUGCUGUCCCCCGAGAUCCAUGCGGAGCUAAACCAGCUCCUACAGGCGCUUCAGUCACCCGACAAUGGCGUUCGAUCGCAGGCCGAGGAACACCUCCAGAACAACUGGACCAAUACGCGUCCAGAAAUGCUCCUGAUGGGUUUAGCUGAGCAGAUUCAGGGCUCUCAGGAAAUACCUACCCGUUCCUUCGCUGCUGUCAUCUUCCGCCGAAUCGCCUCGAAAACCCGGAAAAAUGAUGCAGGGCUAAACGUCGACUUCUUCAUAUCUCUUCCCGCUGAACAAGCUGCAGCUAUCCGACAGAAGCUGCUCGAGGCUUUGGGGACUGAAACCGAUCGCAACGUUCGGAACAAGAUCAGCCACGCUGUUGCAGAGUUGGCUCGUCAAUAUACAGAAAACACUAUCAUCGAAUCACAACACGAGAGUACUGUCCUGGAGGCUUUCCAGAAAGGCUUCGGCGAUGAGGCCGUCAGCGUUCGCCUCGUGGCCAUGGAAGCCUUCGCAGCCUUCUUCCGCACCCUAGGCAAGAAGGCCCAAGCGAAGUACUACAACCUUAUACCCAGCGUGCUCAACAUCCUCGUCCCAAUCAAAGAAUCUGGAGAGUCCGACGAUUUGAGUAAGGCUCUCGUUGCCUUGAUCGACCUGGCAGAGGCCGCUCCCAAAAUGUUCAAGCCGCUUUUCUCCAAUCUUGUCAGCUUCAGCGUUUCGGUGAUUCAGGACAAGGAGCUAGACAAUGUCUGUCGCCAAAAUGCCUUAGAGCUCAUGGCCACAUUCGCGGAUUAUGCGCCCACCAUGUGCCGCAAGGAUCCCUCGUACACCAGCGACAUGAUCACCCAGUGCUUGAGUCUCAUGACAGACCUGGGAGAGGACGAUGAUGACGCGGCAGAAUGGCUCGCUAAUGACGACCUCGACCAAGACGAGAGCGACCAGAACCACGUUGCUGGAGAGCAAACUAUGGACCGUCUCGCGAACAAACUGGGAGGACAGACCAUUCUUGCCCCAACCUUUGGCUGGCUCCCCCGUAUGAUGACGUCUAUGGCAUGGAGAGAUCGCCACGCAGCACUCAUGGCCAUCUCGGCUAUCUCUGAGGGUUGUCGCGACCUCAUGAUUGGAGAGCUGAGUCAGGUCCUUGAUCUCGUCGAGCCUGCGUUGAAGGACUCUCAUCCUCGCGUGCGGUGGGCAGGAUGUAACGCUCUUGGUCAGAUGAGCACGGAUUUUGCACCCAAGAUGCAGACCGACUUCUACGAUCGUGUCCUGAAAGCAAUCAUUCCUGUCCUCGGUUCCCCAGAGGGCCGAGUCAAGUCGCAUGCGGCUGCCGCCCUGGUCAACUUUUGCGAGGAGGCAGAGACCUCCGUGCUUGUUCCGUAUCUCGACCAGCUCUUGUCUCACCUGUUUGAGCUACUCCAGAACGGAGAGCGCUAUGUACAGGAACAAGCGCUGUCCACCAUUGCCACAAUCGCCGACGCUGCUGAGAAGGCCUUUGGAAAAUACUACGACACCCUGAUGCCUCUGCUCGUUAACGUCCUGCAGAACCAGGGCGACAAGGAACAGCGACUCCUUCGCGCAAAGGCCAUGGAAUGCGCCACGCUAAUUGCCCUGGCUGUUGGCAAGGAGCGACUUGGCCAGGAUGCUAUGACCCUGGUCAACCUGCUUGCUAACAUCCAGAAUAACAUCACCGAUGCCGAUGAUCCUCAGGCGCAGUACUUGAUGCACUGCUGGGGGAGGAUGUGUCGCGUCCUCGGAACAGACUUCCUACCCUUCCUCGACAGCGUCAUGCCACCACUGCUGGAGCUCGCCACUGCCAAGGCCGAUAUUCAACUGUUGGACGACGAGGACCAAGUGGAGCAAAUGAAUGGCGAAGAUGGCUGGGAACUGGUACCUCUGAAGGGCAAGAUGAUUGGUAUUCGGACGAGUACCAUGGACGACAAGCAUAUGGCCAUAGAGCUUCUUGUUGUCUACGCCAAGGUCCUUGAGGGUUCUUUCGCGCCCUACGUCGCCAACCUCAUGGAGCAAGUGGCUCUUCCCGGAUUGGCCUUCUUCUUCCAUGAUCCUGUGCGGUUCAUCUCCGCAAAGCUUGUGCCGCAGCUCUUGAGCUCCUACAAAAAGGCAUACGGAUGCCCCUCAAACGAACUAGCAGGGCUCUGGACAGCUUCCGUCGAUAAGCUACUCGAGGUGCUGGUCGCAGAACCAGCGAUCGAUACCCUCGCAGAAAUGUAUCAAUGCUUCUACGAGUCGGUUGAAGUCGUUGGGAAAAACUGUCUUACGCCCGAGCACAUGGAGAAGUUUAUCGAAGGUGUUAAGUCCACUAUCUCCGACUACAAAGACCGCGUCGAUCAGCGUGCUGAGGAUAGGGCAGGCCUCGCCCCAGAGGAUAUUGAGGAUGACGACGAGGAGCUGGCCAUGGCUAUCGAAGACGACCAAACCUUGCUCUCAGACAUGAACAAGGCUUUCCAUGCAAUUUUCAAGAACCAUGGAUCCGCUUUCCUCCCAGCCUGGCAGCGCCUCAUGUCUGAUUACGAAGCAUUCCUCAACUCCCCAGACCAGACACAGAGGCAAUGGGGGCUGUGCAUCAUGGACGACGUGCUGGAAUACUGCGGCGAGGACAGCGCGCGAUAUGCCAAUUAUAUUCAGAAGCCCCUGAUUGAUGGAUGCCAGGACCAGGCCCCCGCCAUCAGGCAGGCCGCAGCAUAUGGCGUCGGCGUUGCCGCGCACCGCGGUGGCCCUACGUGGUCCCAGUUCCUAGGAGGGUCGCUCCCGUACCUGUUCCAAGUCACCCAAUUUGCUGAUGCCCGAAACGAGGACAAUGUGUAUGCCACCGAGAAUGCCUGCGCAGCUAUCGCCAAGAUCUUGCAGUUCAACGCCGGAAGUGUUGGAGACGUCCAGGCGAUUAUCCCGCAAUGGAUUGAAACUAUGCCAGUUAUCAACGACGAAGAGGCUGCACCCUACGCCUACGGGUAUUUGACAACACUGAUGGCAACACCACACCCGGCAGUUGCAAACCAAGCGAGCAAAAUCUUCAUGUUCGUGGCUCAAGCUCUAGAGUCCGAGGCAUUGCAGGGUCAAACCGCAACCCGGGUUGCUGCUGCGACCAAAGAGUUGCUGCAAAAGGCGAACGUAGACCCUACACCCCAACUCGAGCAACAAUUUGGACCUGAAGCCCAGCAGGUCAUCAAAGGUUACUUCUCGUGA